ACUUCGCAAUACUCAAUCUCUUAAAAUCUAAUACUCAUUGAUUUGAGAAAAUACUGAGAAAUAUUCCUCCUGCAAGGUCUUUGUUCCCGGCAAGCAAAACACUGGAAAUGUGAAGAGCGAAUCCCCCAAUAAUACCCAUGACUGAUCCUCCAACGCUCUACGACCACAAGCCAAAGAAAAGUCAACUGAAGCCACCCAUGCCUGAAGAAACCAUUCGUCCCCCUCCUCCUCCUCCUCCUCCUCCUCCUCCUCGUGUAAUGGAUCCUUCAAAGCAAUCCUUUGCUCGCCGUUACAAGUUUGUCUGGCCUGUCCUCCUCACCGUUAAUCUGGCUCUUGGAGCUUACCUCUUUAUGAGAACAAAGAAGAGAACUCCAGAAACUGAUCGUGGUGAAGUUGUGGAUGAGGUUACUGCACCAGUUGUAACUAAGCCUGUUGCAGUGCCUGAGAAGGUGCAAACACCCCUCCAAGCUCCACCAACAGUGCAUGAGCCGAUUCCUGAAGAUCAGCAGCGUGAGCUUUUUAAGUGGAUUUUGGAAGAGAAGAGAAAGUUGAAGUCCAAGGAUCCACAAGAGAAGAAGCGUAUUGAUGAAGAGAAGGCCAUCCUUAAGCAGUACAUUCGAGCCAAGUCUAUCCCGACCAUUUAAAACGCUUGGGUUGUUGUACAAUUCCGUAUACCUUUUUCUUUCAAAUUGUGCUUGGUGGUGUUUUCUAGGCAUCUGAUAUUAAUCCAUCAUUUUGUGGCGUAUGCAACGUUCUUUAGACCAAAAUGUGUUCAUGUCACUGGAGGUUUGCUGUGGUUUUUGCAUUGAUUUUUUCUCUAAAGAUGUGGAAUGUGGAGAAUAAUCUUGCUUACGACAACGAUCUCCAUUUGCUAAAGCAAAUAGUGUAUGCAUUCCAUGCAAAUGGUCAUAAAUUUGAACUUGAGAAUUAUCAUUGCA